GAGAAAUGUGGUGAGUUUUGAUGGAGAUGACGUUUUGAACUCAUGUGCGCUGCUGCCGUCAUUUCUUGUCGUAAAUAUAAACAAAUCGAGCUCUGAUUUGGCUACGACAACCAAAUUUUCGGAUCAUGGCUUCGGCAUCAACUGAAAAGUCAUCAAAAUGCACUCAACUUCCAGCCGAUAUUCAACAGGUAAAAGACACCCUAAGCGAAGUGGUCCACCCACUCAGUCGCCCUGCAAUCAACGUAAUCCCUGACCAUGUCCUCGUCUUAACCGGAACCAAAUCUAAAAAGCAACUCUCCCGCAAAAAGCGAGCCGUUAAGAAAAAAGCUCUGACACGACAGAACCGCAUCGAUAUGGGUUUCUACUCGUUGCCUACAAAGUCCCUUAAAUAUGCCGACAUGCUCGCUUUGCACAACCUCUGGCAAGGAUACAUGAAGGAGCAUUUGGGGCUUGAUGCAAUGGAGCGUGUUCCGGACGUGGCCGAUCCGCAGUAUGAUGGGUUCAGCAAACUUCUCGUCAAAGCGGAUUUACAUGGCGCAAAGGUGCUGGUCACUCGGUCGAAAUGUCCUAGUCUCGUGGGAAUCUCUGGGAUAGUCGUUAUCGAUACGAAGAACACUCUGAAGAUAUUGGGGGAGGAUGAUAAGUUGCGGACUGUGCCGAAGUCGGAGUGCAUUUUUGUGAUAGAAUUAGGAAAUUUGGAGUUGACUGUUGUAGGGAAACAUUUAACUAUACGACCAGCGGAGCGUUCUGUUAAAAAGAUGAAAAAUUUCAUGGAUUUAGAUUUGUAAAGUUUUUGUUAUAAUAUACGCAAAUCUCCAAAAGUA